UCUUCCUGCAGCAAUCUGCCAGCUUUGUGGUUCGGGGAAUCCCCAGACUUGGAGCUUCUGCAGGAGGAGGUGGCUCAGCUGAGGCACCUGAUCAGCAGUAGGCAGAAGGUGACCCUGCAUUUUGGGGAAGGAGGGUUGGCUAGGCAGAAUGCCAGAGAAAGCACUCCCUGGGGGGGUUGUUGGGCUCAGACUGCUGGCCACAAGAAGCCAGCCUUUGCCAGGGGCUGGCCUGGAGAGCUGCUGUGCUGCACAGGCCUUCUCCGGGCCCAUGUUAACCGGGCGCUUCAGGCAGCAGAGGCACCCGACAGCCUUCCUUUGGCAUGCCGGGGCCUCUGGCUGCUCUGGCUGGGCCCUGGAGGCAGUGGUGAGACCCAGGCAUGCUCAUGGGGUCAGCCAAUGCUGCUGGGGCCUGAGCCCAUCUCCCAGCUGACCUGGAGAGUGUGGAGGGUGGGGAUGGGAGGGUGGGGACCCUCAUUAACCCACCUCGGGGCCGUAGCCAUGGCCACAGAUACUGUUCCUCAGGCCUCGUGGCUCACACCAGCAGCAGAGCGUCUCGGCUCUGUGGACAAGGCUGGCCCUGUCUUUCCGACACUGACCCUUUGCCUCCGUGGGUGCCAGCAGCCAUGCUGCUCUGCCCACUGACGUGGUCCUUUCCUGUGUUCAUUCACCAGGCACUGUCCAAGAUGGCCUCAGAAGUCUCCAAGAUGUCUGACUGGGCCCUGGGAAGCUCUGGUGCCGCCAUCGAUGUGCAGAGAAGUUCAGAGACCUUCAAGUGCAGACAGAAUUUGCGCUGCAGCAUUGUGGCGUGGCUCUUUCUGACCAAACCUGAUGCUAUUUUGGAGCCGGAUAUGUCCCCAGGGAACUGCUGGCCUCUCCAAGGGAACCAGGGCCAGGUCGUCAUCAGGUUGACAGCACUAGUCCAUCUGACUGCUGUCACCAUGCAGCACAUCUACAAAGAGGUGUCUCCGUCUGGGACUGUCAUCAGCGCCCCCAGAGACGUCGCUGUCUUUGGACUGGACGUGGAUGGAGAGGAGGAAGUGCUGCUCCUGACGUUCACCUACAACGUGACCAAAGAGGCCAUUCAGACAUUCCCUCUGAAGACCGCACCGUUUCCCAGAGCUUUUUCAUGUGUCAAAUUCCUCGUGAAGAGCAACUGGGGCAACCCCGAGUUCACCUGCAUUUACCGAGUGCGGGUGCACGGGCUGAGGGCAAGAGAAGGAGGCAGCUGAGCCCUGUCCUGCUCUGGGCCAGGCUGGAAUUCCCUCUCCGUGGCUGAGGAGAGCACGGCUGAUGGCAGGGCUGGGUUGGAGCAUUCCACAUCGGGUCACAUCAAGCUCCAUGUCCAGGCGGACGCUGCUGCCCCACGCCCCGUUUCAGUUCCCGGGUCGUGGCGGAUUCUCUGGGGCCGUCGGGGC